AUGGGGCCCCCGGGCAAUAGGGGAUUAUGGGGCCCCCUGUCCUUGCCCACACCCACAAAAGCCCAUGAAAAAGCCAAUGAAAGGUACCUGGGGCAUCUCAUAGGGCCCCCUACUGACCCUGGGCCCUUGGGCAGUGCCCGAGUGGCUAAAUGGUCAGUCCGCUCCUGUUUGUUUGCAUCAUGUGUAUACAGCUCUAAUAUAUGUGUAGCACUUACCUCCACAGGAGACGCUUGAUAUGAUGGGUUCUCUGUUCUGCCAAGACUCUAUAAGCUACUUGGUUCCCAUUGACACACCUGGUUAUAGGUAGAGGACAGUUGUGUAAUGUAAAUUUUAAUAUGCUACCACUC